UGCGCGCGCCCCUUGGAGAAGAAGGAGGAGGAGGAGGAACCAGAAAUCUUCGCUCAUUUACUUAACAUCACUGCCCCACCACCGGGAAAGCAAACACUCCUCCUGAAGCUGCGCAGAAACAAGCUCAGGAGCUCCAAGACAGCAGGAUCGCUCACUUCGUUCCCCAGUUUGCAUCAUUCACAAGGUUUCUUAUUAGCUGUUGUACACUCAUCACACUUUCUGCAGAUCUGUGUCAUGGCUGCAUAUGGACAGACUCAGUACAGCCCUGCCCUCCAGCCCACAGGGCCGUACGCACCAUACACUCACCACACACAGGGAUACAGCAUGCCAUCUUACAAUAUAAAAACCGAGGACGGCCUGAGUCACUCACCAGGACAGACAGGACUACUGGGCUACUCAAACUUCAGCAGCACUCCUCCAAGUCAAAGCCUGUACAGCUACCCACACACUCAUGGUGGCGGUCUUUCAUCUGGAAUUUUUCAAGGGACUCAUGCAAUAUCAAGUUCAACCCCAUUCAACCCGGCCCAACAAGAGUUUUCUGCCUAUUCGAGCUACAGCCAGAGCCAGUACUCUCCAUAUUAUAAUUCACACCACUACAAUAGUCCCUACAUAACCAGCAGCAACAUCAGCCCAGCUGCCAUCACAGCGCCGUUGACCUAUCAGCACCCAGAGCAUCCUGUCAUGAUGCCCAAUCACAGCCCGGAGUCACAUACAGGAGAGUACCACCCUCCACCCAGCCCCCCUACACCAGGUAAGGAGGACGGGAUCCCAGCGCGAAGAGGGUCAGAUGGCAAGCUGAGAGGAAGAAAAAGAGUCAACGACCCCGCUCCUCCUCUGGACUCGGAUAUAGAGCGAGUGUUUAUCUGGGAUCUGGAUGAAACCAUCAUCAUUUUCCAUUCACUCCUCACGGGAACUUUCUCCUCACGAUUUGGCAAGGACUCUUCAAAGGCAGUGUCUCUUGGCUUGUGGAUGGAGGAAAUGAUCUUCAAUCUUGCCGACUCAAGAUUGUUUUUCAAUGACCUGGAGGAAUGCGACCAGGUUCAUAUUGAUGAUGUGGCAUCAGACGACAAUGGACAGGAUCUGAGCACUUAUAACUUUGGGUCGGAUGGCUUCCAGAGCCCAGCAGGAGCAGGCUCGUUGUGCCUCGGGUCAGGGGUCCAUGGAGGCGUGGACUGGAUGAGGAAGCUUGCUUUCCGAUACCGCAGAGUCAAGGAAAUUUACAAUGCAUACAAGAAUAAUGUGGGAGGUUUACUGGGCAGCCCCAAACGGGAGGAGUGGCUACAGCUGAGAAGAGAGAUGGAGGUCCUGACGGAUCUGUGGCUGACUCAAGCACUCAAAGCCCUGGCUCUCAUUAACUCGAGACCUAACUGUGUGAAUGUUUUGGUGACCACUACUCAGCUUAUCCCAGCACUCUCCAAAGUGUUACUAUACGGCCUUGGUUCAGCCUUUCCAAUUGAGAACAUAUACAGUGCCACCAAGACAGGAAAAGAGAGCUGUUUCGAGCGUGUGUCUCAGAGGUUUGGUCGCAGAGCUGUCUAUGUGGUGAUAGGAGACGGGGCUGAGGAGGAGACCGUUGCAAAAAAGAAAAAUAUGCCCUUCUGGAGGGUGUCUUGUCGGGCCGAUCUGGAGGCUUUGAGCCAUGCACUGGAGCUGGACUACCUCUAGAGGGUACCACAGAUCAAGUUCUGCGAUUCCACUCAAACUACAAGAAGUCCCUGAGACCGCCAAAGCGUGACGUUCCCUGUAGAAGCUGAAUCAGAGGCAGUGUUGCUGGUUUUACUGACACCCAGGUGGACAAUUUGAAACCAGAGUUGAAUGAACUGUGAGAAGUUUGAAGCGAGGCUGCAGUGGGACACACACAACAUAAAUCCUGAAACCCUGGAACGAAAUAAAAGACCAAAGUAAAAUAAGGGACCAAACCUUAUCUAAUCCCAGGGAACUAUGGUUAGUACUACAAGUAUUAAAUACAUAUACAUAUGUUUAUAUAUAUAUACAUAUACAUAUAUAUGUGUGUGUGUGUGUGUGUGUGUGUGUGUGUGUGUAUAUAUAGAAAUAAAACCAUAUGGAUAAAGCAUUGUUUUU